AUGGUUCGGGUAGUAAAGCUGGCGGGCCCGCUGAGUCCGGGCGGUGCGAUCGAUAGACAGGGCGGGAGCGGCGCUGCAGUCGACUCAGAACGUUUUGGCGCUUUACGCCUUAUCCCCUCGCACCACGACCACUCCUGGCGACCGCUCAGCGGCGCGACUCUCGCGACGAUGCGAGGCGACCGCGCCGGCGCGCGACUCCCCACACUCAAGAUCACGAUCACUAAGUCGUCACUUAAAAGGAACAGACCAAGAAACAUCGGGUUGUUCUUUGAUGAAGCUCUAUGA